CUGCCCAGGUGGUGCUUCACCGCCGGCUGCCCCCACUGCCACCCCCACCAUAAAACCAGCAUGGCCUCGCACCCUUCAUCGUCAGAUGCGCAAGCAGGCGCCAUGGCCGACAUCACUUCGCAGAUGGAAAACCUGUCCUCCUCGCUUCCCAUUGCUGAACAGGCCAUUGCACGUGAUUUCGAAGAAGAAGAAUCUCCCGUGGAAGAAGCAUCCGAGUCUGAGUCCGAGUCGGAUGGCUCAUCAACUAUACGCCAAUAUUCCAUGAUCAACAGCUACCGCCGUCCUUCGUUUGUCAAUCCUGGAGCUCGACCAACUGCCAUAUUUGCAUCGAGUCUGCCGUCGCAGAGUCAUUUUCCGGACGCAAAAAGACACGGCUAUCUUUCCAAGCAGGAGCGAGAGGCCGUCCGUGAGGAACAGCGAAGCCUCCUGAGGGAUAAUCAUCUUCUACCCCCAAAGCACCCACGAAGAGGUAGUGACGGAUCGCCUUCUGGAAAUCUACGGGGUAGAAUAUCAUUUCCUUCGUUGCGAAGAGCGAAGAGUGCAAACGCCGGCGAAGAAGCCCAAAGUAGUCAGCCAUCUGAACGAUCUGCUUUACUUGGAAACCCAGAGUUGCCCUAUGGAGGGCUAGAUACACCGAAAACCAUCAGUCAGAAAUGGGGAGAAGCCGUCGCCGCUGGGAAGAUUACAACCACAUGGCAGCGCGAGACUAAAGUGUUGGUCAGAUCUUCUGGCCCCCUCAUCCUCACCUUCUUACUACAAUACUCGCUCCCGGUGGCGAGCAUUUUCACCGUCGGACAUAUCGGAAAGAUUGAGCUUGGUGCUGUGAGUCUAGCCAGUAUGACUGCUUCCAUCACGGGCUAUGCUGUAUAUCAAGGGCUUGCAACUUCCCUCGACACACUUUGUGCCCAAGCUUAUGGCUCCGGUCGUCCCCACUUGGUCGGCCUCCAGCUGCAACGCAUGCUCUACUUCCUCUGGCUCAUCACCAUUCCUAUAGCCAUUAUAUGGGCUUUUGGCACCCAGAUCCUCUCCCUCAUUGUCCCGGAGGAAGAAACCGCCCGCCUUGCCGGCCUCUACUUGAAAGUUCUCAUCGCGGGUGCCCCCGGUUACGCCGCCUUCGAGAGUGGAAAACGCUAUCUCCAAGCCCAAGGUCUCUUCAAAGCAAACAUGUACAUCCUCCUCAUUUGCGCACCUCUGAAUGCCUUCAUGAACUAUCUUUUUGUAUGGCGCCUGCGCUGGGGCUUCAUCGGCGCACCCAUCGCCGUCUCCAUUACCGAGAAUCUGAUGCCGCUUCUUCUCUUUCUCUACGUUCGCUUCAUCGACGGCUACCAAUGCUGGGGCGGCUUCUCUCGGCGAGCCCUUCAGAACUGGAUGCCCAUGAUCAAAUUGUCGCUGCCGGGCCUCGUCAUGGUCCUCGCCGAAUUUCUCGCUUUCGAAAUCCUUACCCUAUCAUCCAGCUGGUUAGGCCCCACGCAGCUUGCCGCGCAAAGCGUGCUGGGCUCCAUCACAGGCAUUACAUUCCAGAUCCCGUUUCCCAUGUCCGUCGCAGCAUCCACGCGUAUUGCGAACCUCAUCGGCGCAACCCUCGCGCUGCCCGCUAAAACCGCUGCCAAAGUCGCCCUCGCUGCCUCCAUCGUCGUCGGCAUCUUCAACCUACUCCUUCUAUCCCUACUCAGGGAAUACAUUCCCCGCCUGUUCACCCCCGACGAGGAAGUCAUUGAACUUGUCUCCCGUCUCUUGCCUUUAUGCGCCGCAUUUCAGCUCUUUGACGCCCUAGCUGCAAAUUGCAACGGUAUUCUGCGCGGUCUCGGUAAGCAGGAAAUCGGCGGUUAUGUAGGGCUGUUUGCGUAUUACGUCGUUGGAAUUCCGAUUUCGUUCGGGACAGGUUUCGGCGCCGGGUGGGGGCUCUGGGGGCUCUGGAGUGGUCCCGCCAUUGCGUUGGGGGUUGUUGCGGGUAUCGAAUGUCUCUAUAUCUACAAUACUAGUUGGGAGGAUGCGGUUGCCGCGGCUGAGGAGAGGAAUGCGGUUGCGUGAUUUCAGGGGGAUAAGUGUGAUUUCGAUAAUUCGAGGUUUUUGAAUGAUUUCUAUGUCAUACCUGUUCGGUGUUGUGUGUUUUGCGUUCUUGUUUCAUAAUAUCAUCUAAUGUUAUGGCUUGCAAAAGUCUGCACCAACCCCUCCCCCGAUUGAGCACAAUUUCAACCUCGCAAACCGUACGAAUCAAUAAUACAGUGCGACUAUCAACCAUUCAGGACCUCGAAAUGACAAGAACUAUUGCUAUCAUUCCUCCAUCUAUUCGUGGUAAAUGCAUGACCGCCGCCUGU